AAGCGUGUUGUAGGUCUCUAUGACGACGGGCCUGUUAAACCUUUCAGGGCUGUAGAGGGACUAGAAGGAGAUUAUGUACACAGGUGUUGCUCUGCAGACAGCCAGGCACUAUGUGGACCAGUUAGAUGGAGUGAUAGUCACAAAACAACCGGGGUGUAUGUUUUCUUUCACCGCUUUUAACUCAACAGGAAUCCUACGCAAGAACCAGCUGUGUGAAGAUAAUGAGUGAGGUGGUUUGCACAAAGUCCCAGGAGGAAUAUGAGGACGAUUUUGAGAAGGAUCUGGACUGGCUGAUCAGUGAGGAAGGCCGGGGGGAGGACCAGGGUCCUGACUUUGAGGACAUAGAAGCAGACAUUGACAAAGAACUGGAGAAGGAUGAAAAAUGGCAACGAAUGAAAAGAAAGCCGAAAAGCCACAAGGAGGAGAAGAGAGGCAACAAAACAGAGGAGUUGGAAGAAGAUGAAGAGAGGUGGCCCUCGCCUAUGGAGCCAUUAGAGUUUGACUCAGACAGUGACAGCCCAAAUAAGUCAUCGCCAUUAGUCCCUCCUCCUCCAGGGAUGGAUGACCAGACAGAUGAGGAGAAGAAGUACAUUAUGGAGAAGAUCCAGCAGGCUAACCGGGAGCUGCAGGACCAGGAAGCUCCGGAUAUGACAAGGCGCAGGCGGCUGCAUUUUAAAGAGAAGCUGGUGGAUCUGGUGGUGCCUCCGCUGCAGUUUGAGAAAGAUGGCGGCAGUGGUGAGGUGGACGGGGGGAAAGGCAGCAAGGAUAGAGCCAUGGAUUCAGAAGCAGAGAUUGAAGUGUCAGGGAAGCUUUCGGAGCUAAAACUUUCCCCUCGGGAGGAGAGUGUAGGAUUUGGAGGAUCUGACAUGGCUGGGGAGAGCAGUGAGGGAGGGCAGGCGGUCAAGGAGGGCAGAGUCCUUGUAGAAAAGGAUGGUAAAUUUGACCUGGUCAGCCUGAAAGAGGUGGAGAGUCAAGGCCUUCUCCCUCCAAUAGCAAACAACUACAGUGACUACCCGCGGUCCUCCCCACGUCCCCAGGAGCAGACUGUGAGUGGCAGUAAGAUCAACAGGUCUUCCUCCUCUCCUCGUGCCGACUCUACCCCCUUCCAGAAAGGCAAUGAUCACCUCUGUGCCCCCAGACCUCCAGCUCAGCCCAGGAGCAGGCCCAGCUCAGCCAGCCACAGCCAGAGAGGGGGCCAGAGAAAUGGAAGCAAGCGGCGGGUGCAGUCGGCCACCGGGAUACCCUGCCAGGCCACCUACACCCUCUCCCCACAGCAGAAAGAGCUGCUGCAGAGGAUCCAGGAAAGGAAGGAGAAGCGGGCCAGAGAGGCAGAGCAGAUGAAACGUGAGGAAGAAGAGCAGAAGAGGCAGGAGAACGAGGUGGCGUUUAAGGCCUGGAUGAUGAGGAAGAGAGAGCAGUUUCAGGAGGAGAGGAGGAUCCAUCGAGCCCAGGAGAUGGAGAGGAUGAAUUCUAAGAGAGACUCCAGCGACCGAGAGGAGUCCUUCAGGCUGUGGCUCCAGAGGAAGCAGGAUCAGCAGCAGAAAGAGAGACAGCUGGUGGAGAUGAAGAGGCUUGAGGAGGACAGUGGUUACCUUUUACGCAGCCGCGAGGAGUGUGAACGUGCCUUCAAACUGUGGCUGAGGCGGAAACGGGCAGAGAAGCGAGCGGAGCAGCAGGCGGCUCGAGAGCGGUCCCGCAGGUUGGUGCUGGAGGAGCGACGUGCGAGACGCAUGAGGGACCUGCUGUGUUCAGUCAACGAAACCAAACCGUUCAGUUUCACAGAACAGCUGGCCUACCGCUUCUGACCCAAACAAAUCCAGCACGCCUCUCACAUGGCCCUCAUCAUAAGACUAGAUUAGAUUGUAUUUUGAUGCUACGAAUCUCUUGAAGACUGACAUAAGACAGUUUAUUAUGUGUUCAGUUGUUGCUAGGGUUUUCUUUUCUGUUACCGCAGUGACCUCUACUCAGUGUGAACACACCAGGGUAAAUAACUCAUCCAAAAUAAUGUAAUGGGGAAAUGAUUUUUACUGUAUUUACUUUGUGUAGUGGCAGAUGCACUUUACUUUAAACUGAGCUCUUCAUAAGUACAAGAGCUGAACCAUUUGUUACUGUAUGCCUUUGUCAGAGUGUUUGGUUACAUAGCUAUAAAAGGAUACCUUUUACAACAAGUUACUUGUAUGAAUUAAACUGUAAAGCAAUUAAAUAGAUAUAUCUGUAAGAGGAAAAUUGGUAAAUAUGCCUACGUUUCUUCAUAUAAAUUCUUAUAUGAAUGUAAAUUCUUUUUGGAUACAAAAGAAUGAUGUUGAAUUAAAUAAAAUAAAUAAAACAAAAAUACACCAAUAAAUAUUGAUAUGAAAUAUUUUAUUUUUUAAUUUAUAGGCAUGUACACAUACUUGUGUGCUACAGCAUUUCAGAAUUAAAUAUCAGUGAGACAAAAGUGGCCAACCUCAUAAAAAUGACAAGAUUAAGUUUCUGGUUAGCAGUUUUGAAUCUAUGUAGGAAAAAAAGUUAUUCUUUACAUGACAUGUUUCUUUCCAUUGGGUUUACAGUGCAAGACUCGGCCUAUCAUCUGUAUCAUCAACACAAAUACAAAGAAAUAAAAGACCGAACAAAUACGUAUUCCUUGAAACAGGAACGAAUGACAUCUUUUCUGAAUAAAAGUUCCUCAUAUUAAA